GCUGUGAGCUCAGAGCUGGAGGACAAAGUGCUUGGGACAAGGAUAGAGGCCUGAGAGCAGCCAUGGGCGCUGGAGGAGCAGGCCUCCUUGGGGCCCCGUGGCUGCUGCUUCUCCUGCUUCUGCUUGUCACGGGAGGUAUGGCUCAGGACUCCCCUCCCCAGAUCUUAGUCCAUCCCCAGGACCAGCUGCUCCAGGGCCCUGGACCUGCCAAGAUGAGCUGCCGAGCCUCGGGCCAGCCGCCUCCCACCAUCCGCUGGCUGCUGAACGGGCAGCCCCUGAGCAUGGUGCCCCCAGACAUACACCACCUCCUACCAGAUGGAACACUGAUGCUGCUGCGGCCCCCUGCCCGGGGACAUGCCCAUGACGACCAGGCCCUGUCCACGGACCUGGGUGUCUACGCAUGUGAGGCCAGCAACCGGCUGGGCACAGCGGUGAGCCGAGGCGCUCGGCUGUCUGUGGCUGUCCUUCGGGAGGACUUCCAGACCCAGCCUCAGGACACAGUGGCCACUGCAGGCAAGCAGGUGAUUCUGGAGUGUGGGCCGCCCUGGGGCCACCCAGAGCCCACAGUCUCGUGGUGGAAGGAUGGAAAACCACUGGCCCUACAGCUGGGGCGGCACAUGGUCUCCAGGGGGUCCCUGCAGAUAGCAAGAGCAGAGAAGAGCGACGCCGGCACCUAUUUGUGUGUGGCCACCAACAGCGCAGGACGACGGGAGAGCCGGGCAGCCAGGGUGUCUGUCCAGGAGCCCCAGAACUACAAGAAACCUCUGGAGUUGCUGGCUGUGCACAUUCAGCUGGAAAAUGUGACCCUGCUGAACCCAGAUCCCACAAAGAGCACCAAGCCCGGGCCUGCUGUGUGGCUCAGCUGGAAGGUGAGCGGCCCUGCCGCACCUGCUGAGUCCUACACAGCCCUGUUCAGGGUCCAGACGGCCCCAGGAGGCCCCGGAGCUCCAUGGGCAGAGACGCUGCUCACCGGCUGGCAGAAUGCAGAGCUGGGGGGCCUCCUCUGGGGCAAAGACUACGAGUUCAAAGUGAGACCAUCCUCUGGCCGGGCUCAAGGCCCCGACAGCAACGUGUUGCUCCUGAGGCUGCCUGAACAAGUGCCCAAUGCCCCUCCCCAGGAGGUGACCUUAAAACCUGGCAACGGCAGUGUCCUUGUAAGCUGGAUCCCACCACCUGCUGAGAACCACAAUGGAAUCAUCCGUGGCUACCAGAUCUGGAGCCUGGGCAACACUUCAUUGCCCCCAGCCAACUGGACUGUGGCAGGCGAGCAGACCCAGCUGGAGAUGGCCACCCGAAUGCCAGGUUCCUACUGCAUACAAGUGGCUGCAGUCACUGGCGCUGGGGCCGGGCCCCCCAGUAGCCCUGUCUGCUUCCUCUUAGAGCGGACCAUGGAGCGAGCCACCCAAGAACCCAGUGAUGGUCCCUGGACACUGGAGCAGCUGAGGGCCGCCCUAAGGCGGCCAGAAGUGAUUGCUAGUGGGGGUGUUGUGCUCUGGCUGCUGCUGCUGGGCACUGCCGUGUGUGUCCACCGCCAGCGUAAAGCUGGGGUGCACCUGGGCCCAGGUCUGUACAGAUACACCAGUGAGGAUGCCAUCCUGAAACACAGGAUGGAUCACAGUGACUCUCCUUGGCUGGCAGACACUUGGCGCUCCACCUCUGGCUCUCGGGACCUGAGCAGCAGCAGUAGCCUCAGCAGCAGGCUAGGAGUGGACCCCCGGGACCCGCUAGACUGUCGUCGCUCCUUGAUCUCUUGGGAUCCCCGAAGCCCUGGUGUGCCCCUACUUCCCGACACCAGCACUUUUUAUGGCUCCCUCAUCGCUGAGCUGCCUUCCAGCCCCCCAGCCCGGCCAAGUCCCCGGACCCCAGCUGUCAGCCGCCUCCCACCCCAGCUGGCCCGGCUCUCCAGCCCCUGGCCCAGUCCAGACAGCCUCUGCAGCCGCAGGGGACUCUCUUCCCCACGCUUGUCUCCGGCCCCUGUGGAGGCAGGGAAGGCCAAGAAGAAGCAGGAGCUGCACCAAGCCAACAGCUCCCCACCUCUCGAGGCCAGCCACCCAAUGGAGCUCUGGGCCUGGGAUUUGGGGAGUAGAGGCUCCAAGAACUUUUCCCAAAGCCCAGGAGCUGUGCCCCAAGCUCUGGUUGCCUGGAAGGCCCUGGGACCGCAGCUCCUCCGUUCCUCCAACGCGCUGGCUUCCCGCCCUCUCCCCCCAGCACCCCCGCCUUCUCGUGGAGCCUCCACCCAGAGUCAGCAGACCCAGCACUCAGCGGAGCCCCUGGAGCCCCAAGCUCCCUCCUCCCUCCCACUGCCAGCCGCCCCCCUCCCCAUCCCUGUCCCCUCCAGACCCCCCAGCCCCUCCAGCCCCCAAGCCUCUUCCCUCUCUGGCCCCAGUCCACCUUCCAGUCGUCUGUCCAGCUCCUCGCUGUCAUCCCUGGGGGAGGAUCAGGACAGUGUACUGACUCCUGAGGAGGUGGCCCUGUGCCUGGAGCUCAGUGACGGUGAGGAGACCCCCAGGAACAGUGUGUCUCCUAUGCCAAGGGCUCCUUCACCCCCUGUCACCUACGGCUACAUCAGCAUCCCGACAGCCUCAGAGCUGGCAGACAUGGGCAGGGCUGGAGGAGGGGUGGGGUCCGAAGUGAGGGGCUUGCUGUGCCCACCCCGGCCCUGCCCCACCCCCACCCCCAGUGAGGGCUCUUUGGCCAAUGGCUGGGGCUCAGCAUCCGAGGACAAUGCCCCCAGUGCCAGGGCCAGCCUCGUCAGCUCCUCUGAUGGCUCCUUCCUUGCGGAUGCCCACUUUGCCCGGGCCCUGGCAAUGGCUGUGGACAGCUUUGGCUUUGGUCUGGAGCCCAGGGAGGCCGACUGUGUCUUCACGGAUGCCUCCUCACCUCCCUCCCCACGGGAUGACCUCUUCCUGAGCCCCACCCUCUCCCUGCCCCUGUGGGAGUGGAAGUCAGACUGGUUGGAAGACAUGGGGAGCAACCACAGCCAGCGGCUGGGAAGGGGGCUGCCUCCCUGGCCCGCCGACUCUCGGAUCUCUUCCCGAAGAAGUGAGCUCCGCACUCCCGAGCCCAAGGCUGAUGGUUCCUCAUGAAGUGUACUGGAGACAGGAGGUGGCCAAGAAGAGAAUCAGAACCACCCCUCUGCGGAGUGUCAGUCUUGGCCUGCGUUCUCUGCAGUUGGGGGACUACCUUGCCCGGCCCCCAGGACAGUUCUCCUUCAGGGAUUGUGAGAACAAAUUAAAGUAAAACAAAAUAAGAGCAAAGCAGACCUGGAGCCCACAGCCAGCAAAAAGUCAUCUUGGCCUGACUCCUACCCCUUGCUUUCUCCUCUGCUCCAUCCAUCCCGCAGCCUGAGAAGCAGCCUUAUCUCCUGAUCUCCCCCACCCCGACUUGGAUCACCGGAAGCGGGGGCAGAGAUCCUCCCAGAGGACAGCAGCAGCUUGUGGGACAGGCUGGUUGGGGAAGGAGUUUUAUGAAGCCAUGCCUCUCAGGAAGGCGCCAUUCCUAUGGAGGCAGGCUCGCCUCUCCCCAGCCAAAUCCAGGGAGGCCCAACCAUGGCACCAAGGCGGAGGGUCCAGGAUGGACCUAGGGAGGGAGCCGAAGGAAGGUAGGUAGGAAAAUGUGGGACCAAACACCCUCUUCAUACUGUGGACUCUAUGAGCUUGACAAAUUGAUACCAUUAAACUGAAAUGACUUGA